AUGGAAAGAAUGGCCGAUUGCGAUAUCGAUCCAAGCUAUGAGUAUAAUGCUCCUAAAUUUAUUGAUUUUACUCAACCUUCACAUGACGAAGAAAGCGCCGAUCUUUGGUUUGACAAUCAUAUUGAAGACGAUGAUCACAAACCAUUCAAUAGCGGAUUCUUAGAGGAUGAAGAUAGUAGCAAUAAAGAAAAUGUCUCCAAUGUAGCCGAGAUAGCGAAUGAUAAUGCAGAACAACCACUCACACAAGCGCAAGAACAAGACAAGAAAGAAUCUACCGCCCAGUUUAUACAAGAAAAAGAAGAAGCCGUUGAAGCUACCCCCGCCGAGGAGGAUCAUGCUAAAACAACUCAAAACCAGGAAUCGACUAAUUUUAAAAGUUUAUGGGGUUGUGUUGUCAACGACCAACAAGAAGUGCCAAGUAAUCUACGUACAUCAUGGAAUAUAGGCAGUCAACAAACUGAUCAAUCUGACAAGAAACCUUCACCUGCUGUUAAGAAAGACCUGAAGAGGAAAAUAGUCAAGCCGGUUAGACGAAGCGUUCCUAAUCGGAUUGGUACUGGUGCUUCACGCAAUGUAACGCCUAAAGCUAAUUCAAGAAGAUCGGAUGGUCCUUCGAGAAAACCUACUUCGGCUAAGAAGAAAUCAACGCAGUUAACUGUACCCAAUACUCCUUCCUUUGUUAGACGUUCCCAAGUUAAGCGUCCCUUAAGUGAAUCUAAAAAAUCAACUGAAGAAAUGCAACUGGAAAGGAUUGCAAAUGAACGCAAGCGAAUUCAUGAAUUAAGCAAAAAAAAUGAAACAUUCAAAACGAAAGCAUUGCAAGCCUCACCAUAUAUGCCGCUGAGAUCCAGUAAGGAAUUAACACAACCUGUACAAUUGCGAUUUCAUACGGAUCAAGUUUUAUCCAAGCGCAAGAAAGAACAUUCAAUGACUUUGCGUAGCGAUGGCAAUGAUGUUGGUGAACUUGCUGCCUUCGAUUUUGCGCGGCAAUUGCGGAAAAAUACUGUUGCAAGUAAAAAUGCUCCAUCAGUUACUGGACCUAAAGGUGUACAACCGUUCACUUUUGCAACUGCAUCGAGGAAAAGAAAAGCUGAAGAAGAUGCUGACAACCAAGUUCAAGCGCCCUACAUCCCAAUGGCCGAAUUAGUCAACCAUUAUCAAAAUGGUACACCAAAACGUUUCCGUGGUCAAUCCACUCCUAAGCAAAAUUCUGGACAAUCAGAACAUCAUGAAAAUCAACGUGCUCGAGCGACCUGUCCAAAGUCACCAAUGCUAAAGACCAGUCAACGCUCGCGUAGCAGUCGGGAAAAAGUUUUAAGCUAUAAAGAAAUGGAAGAGAAAGAAGCUGAGGAAAUAAAGAAACACAAAUUUAAAGCAAGACCAUUCGAUCCAAAAAUGUUUGAAAACAGUAGUACUAGUGGGAUUAAAAAUAAAGCUACUGCCUGCACUACUAAACCGAUUGGAUUUAAAUUUCACUCCGAUAAAAGACGAUCAUCCAAUAGUGAAAAGUCUAAAGAAAACGAUGAAAAAGAAGCUGAAUGUAAACGCUUUAAAGCUCAGCCCAUACCUGCUAAAAUUUUAGAUGGAGUAACGGGAGUGAAGAGAAUAGAACAAGUGCCUUUGACCAUUCCACAGUCACCAGCAUUAAUGGGUAAACAGCGCCAUGCAAUUUAUCAACAAAAGUUGCUUGAAAUGCCAUCCGAAGAGCCAUAUAUCUUUAAAGCUCGACCAAUUCCGGCGGAUAACAUUGAAUUACCAGAAAAGAAGCCCAUCUCACCAACAAAACCGGAACCAUUUGCUAUGCCUGGUCUCAAAGUUCGAGAAGAAAAACUUCAAAAGCAACAAGAGAAGCUUGAGGAAGAACAAAAAAUUGAAAAGGAAUCUCAAAAUUUUAAAGCUCGUCCGAAUGUAGUAACCUUUAAUAAACCAUUUGAACCUAGAAGAUCAUCCAAACCGCUAACAGAUGUAACUGGAUUCAAAUUGAAUACUGAAGAGAGAGUAGAAGAGCGACAAAAGUUUAAAGAAGAAUUAAAAUCAAAGGAAGAAUUUAAGCAAAUGAUUGAAGAACAGAAAAAGAUAGAAUUGGAAGAGCGUGAAAGGAAAGAAGUAAUGGCAUUAAGAAAGCAAAUGACGCAUAAAGCUAAUCCUGUUCAUCAUUAUAAAAGCGUUCACCUCCAAGGAAGUGAUAAGCCUUUGACAGUACCGUAUUCACCUAAUUUCGCUAAAAGACGCUCGCUGCGUACAUGA